AUGACUGUCCCAACGCUCCUUCCGCUCUCUGCUGCGGUCCUGGGAGCCACUGGCCUUAUCACCUUUCUGGGACUCUUUGCUAGCCUGGCCCAAGCCCGAGAUCGUACGCCACCGGACAACUUCUACGAAGAUGUUGACGGUAAGGCUACGCCAGAGACAAUGGCUGCCUUUUCAAACAAGAAGCCGAAAGCGUGUAUACUGGUUUUCUCUGUUCUUGGAUUUGGUCUCUCCAUUACUACCACCAUUCUGUCCAUUCACAAACCCCUUGGUGAUGGCCUCAACUUGGAAAAUUGGCUCACCACUGGGACUUGGGCAGCUAUUGCCAUGCAAGCCACCUUCAUUGUAGCUCAACAUUCGCCUGUCAAGUCUCACGACCUUGGCCUUUGGGCAUUUCUCUCGUCCCUAAUCACCGAAAUCGCCACUGUGGCCCAAAUCUAUCGUGUCAGCAACUUUGCAUCCCUGGAAAAAGAUGCCCAGCUCAUUGUGCGAACCGUAAACGCGGCCAUUCUAAUUCCCUUGAUGUUUUCCUGCAUAAGUCUGCCUCGACGACCGGAUGUUUUCUACAAAGGCGAAAGAAUUGACGCAGAAUGGUCUACCACGGUUCUCAGUCGGUAUACCUGGAGCUGGGUCAACGAUCUUCUGGAGACUGCUAAACGAAAAGGCGAUCUGGAUGAGAAAGAUAUCGAUAGACCCGACCACACAAUCCGAGCAGAGUAUCUUGUCGACGCGUGGAACAAGGCAAAUUACCAGGGCAGCCUCUUGCAAUCCUUGCUUGCGGCCUACGGCAGACGUCUUGCACUUCAUUGGGCCAUUAUUGUUUUUCGAUGCAUCGUCGGCAUUGGCCCAUUCUGGACUAUGCUCCGUCUUGUCCAGAUGCUUGAAGACCGCGAUGCCGGUAUUGAAGCGCCUCGUGAGCUAUGGGGCCUCGUGAUUCUCAUGGGACUCUUCACUCUUGUUGAACAAUGGUUGGACGGCUGGAUUAUCUGGUUUUCCAUCACCAAAUUGUUUGCUCCGGUAAGAGGACAGCUCUCAGCCAUAAUAUUCGAAAAAUCCCUGCGGCGAAAGAAUGUCAAAAAUGCGGAAAAAAUCAAGGAGGAUGAAUUGUCCGAUGACGCAAAGGGGAGUGAUGUGGACAAGGACAAGAAGGGGAAAGAAGGAGCCGAUGAGGACAGUGUAUUGAAGUCUCGACAGGCAGUUGUGAACCUCGUCGGUGUGGACUCCAAGCACAUUGCCGACUUUGCAAUGAUGCAGCUCUUUAUCGUCAGUAGCAUCGGUAAGCUUCUUGUUUAUUCUGGCUAUCUUGUUAAUCUCAUUGGCUGGGUACCCUUCGGCGCCGGUAUUCUGGCCUGGUCCUUUGUACUUCCUGCAAACACUCUUGCCGCCAGAUACUAUCUCAAGGCCGAGACGCGACUGAUGAAGAACCGUGACAACAAGCUGGCCGUUGUCAACGAGGCCCUCCUAGGCAUGCGACAAAUCAAGUUCUCAGCACUGGAAACCCAAUGGGAAAAAAAAAUCCUUCGGAUGAGAGAAAUCGAAAUAUCUUCGCUGAAGGAUGUGUUCAAGGCCGACAGCAUGCUAUUCUUCUCCUGGGUGGCGAGCCCUAUUCUUCUUGCGGCAGCGUCUCUGGCGGUUUAUGCCGUCGUCAAUGGAAUGCUUGCGCCAUCUGUCGCCUUCGUCAGUAUCGGCGUCUUUAAGAGCCUGGAGGUAUCGCUUUCGGCUUUGCCGGAACUUCUCACUGGAGGCAUCGACACCCUGGUCUCCGUUAGACGUAUUGAUAAAUACCUGAAGGGCCCCGAAAUGGAGAACACUCUCACCGAAGGUCACGAUGUAGCCUUUGACAAUGCGACGAUUGCCUGGCCCAUCGAUGACGAAGUUCCAGACGACGAUCGAUUUAUUCUGAACAACGUCAACCUUUCUUUUCCGGCCGGUGAGUUAUCCGUUAUUUCGGGGAAAACUGGAUCGGGAAAGAGCCUCGUGUUGAAUGCUCUCCUUGGAGAAUCCGAUCUCCUGGAGGGACGCAUUAUUGUUCCUCGAAUCGUCCCUCCCUUUGAACGACAUGAUGGUAAGGCACACCGCGGAAACUGGAUUCUUCCCGGCGCUGUGGCCUACGUAGGCCAGAGCCCUUGGCUUGAGAGCGCCUCACUCCGCGACAACAUUCUUUUUGGGUUGCCUUUCAUUGAGAGCAGAUACAAUGCCGUUCUGGAUGUUUGCGCCUUGAAGAAAGAUAUUGAGAUCUUAAAUGAUGGGGAUAAGACAGAGUUGGGCGCCAAUGGCAUAAAUCUCAGCGGCGGCCAGAAGUGGCGACUCACGCUAGCUCGUGCUAUUUACUCUCGAGCCGAAAUCCUCAUCAUGGAUGAUAUUUUCAGUGCUGUCGAUGCUCAUGUUGGCAGACAGAUUUUUGAAAGAUGCAUCUCUGGUCCAAUCUGCAAAGGCAGAACUCGAAUUCUUGUCACCCACCAUGUUGCUCUCGUCGAACCCAUCACCAAGUAUUUUGUCGAACUCGGGGAAGGCACAGUUCUCAAUGCUGGUCUUACAUCUGACCUAGCUGAAAACGGUACGCUCGAACUCAUCAAGAGUCACGAACAAAGUCGAUUCGAGGUCGGCGUCAAAGAUACCACUGACAGCCCAACUGCCGUCAAUUCUGAGGAAGUUUCAGUUGAAGAAGCUAUGGAUCUCGAGGAGACUGCAAACCCACUGCAAAAGAUUCCGUCUCAGACAGCUAAGAAAUUCGUCGAAGAUGAAGCUCGUGCAAAGGGAAACGUCAAAGCCCGCGUGUAUAGCACUUUUCUCAGUAGUAGCGGCGGAUGGUUCUUCUGGGGGGUUUGCGUCCUUUUCUUCGUUGCCUUUGAGGCCGGCAAUCUCGGACGUAACUGGUGGGUGCGUAUUUGGACGGGUGCCUCUGAAGGGCGCAUUUCUGCAAAUGCGUCUCGUGAACUUGGUAUGGUCUAUGGUCUCUCAUAUGAGCACAGCACCCUCCACUCAGCUUCCGCUUCUCGGCUUUUCGCGUUUAGUGAGAAGCCUAAGCACACUUUGUCGUAUUACCUCUGGAUCUAUGUAGCUAUUGCUGCUGCAAGUGCUCUUGUUGGCACUUUGCGAUUUAUCUGGUCUUUCAUCAUGAGUAUCAAGGCUGCCAGGACUCUUUUUCGCAGAAUUCUAUUCACAGUUUUGCGAACGCCGUUGCGUUGGCUAGACACCGUCCCUGUCGGUCGUGUUCUCAACCGUCUCACCGCCGAUUUUGAUAUUAUCGACAAUCGAAUCACUAUGGACCUCGGCUUCAUGUUCUGGCGUCUUCUGGGCCUUUUGGGUGUCUGUGUGGCGGCUCUCCUGGUUUCUACUCUGAUGCUGCCCUUGGCAUUUGCUUUGUUACUUGUCGCUAGCUUCAUUGCUCUCCGAUUCUUGAGCGGUGCACGGCCGGUUAAACGAAUUGAGAGCAAUGCCAAAUCACCAGUCUUUGAGCUUUUCAACUCGUCACUGUCUGGUGUGUCUACCUUGCGAGCUUUCAAGAAGACCCAGACCUACGUCGACCGAAUGCACUCUUAUCUUGAUAACUGGGACACGAUUUCUGUCCAUAUUUGGACGCUUAAUCGUUGGUUGGGCUUCCGUAUGGCACUGGUAGGGACCGUCUUCACCACCAUGGUCGGCGUCAUCGUUGUCGGCUCCUCAUUCGUUGAUGCUGCUAUGGCCGGGUUUACUCUAUCGUUCGCUCUUGACUUCUCGAGCAAUAUGCUUAUGGCUAUCCGAGGCUAUGCAUCCUUGGAACUAGACAUGAAUGCUGCUGAGCGUGUGAUUGAAUACACGGAAGUCGAGACCGAGGACUUGGGCGGCGAGAUUCCUCCAGCUUCAUGGCCCGCGACUGGCAGAAUGGACGUCAAAGAUCUGGUCGUCAGUUAUGCAGAUGACUUGGCGCCCGUUUUGAAGGGUAUUUCAUUCGACGUGAAGAACAAUGAACGCAUUGGAGUCGUUGGCCGCACUGGUGCUGGCAAGUCCUCUCUGACCCUGGCUCUCUUCCGCUUCCUUGAAGCUCGAUCUGGCCAAGUUCUCAUUGAUGGGAUUGACAUAUCCAAGAUUCGGCUCUCCGAUUUGCGAUCUCGUCUUGCCAUUAUUCCACAGGAUCCCGUACUUUUCUCCGGUACUGUUCGAAGCAACCUCGACCCCUUCGAUGACCAUACAGACGAUGAGUUGAAAGAAUGUCUGUCGAGAGUCCACUUGGUUGACUCUAGUCCUGUUACUCCUGCGAAUGAGGCAUCCUCGGCUGCUGGAUCAACCAUCGCCCCCAAGAAUACCAACCUCUUCCGCGACUUGUCUAGCGGCAUUUCUGAGUCUGGCGGUAACUUGUCUCAAGGCCAGCGUCAACUCCUCUGUAUUGCCCGAGCUAUUGUUUCGCGCCCAAAGCUUAUGGUCCUUGAUGAGGCCACAUCUGCUGUGGACAUGGCCACCGAUGCCCUUAUCCAGAGAAGCAUUCGAGAAGAGUUUACAGACAGCACUCUAAUUGUCAUUGCUCACAGGUUAAGUACCAUUGCUGACUUUGACCGCAUUCUCGUCUUAAGUGAGGGUACUGUUGCUGAAUUUGGUUCUCCUCGAGAACUGUGGGAGACCGAAGGUAGCACCUUCAGAGAUCUGUGCGAACACAGCGGCGAGAAGGCCAAGCUGAAAGAAGUCAUCCUGGGCGAGUCAUGCCCGGGGGCAUCAUAG